AUGGGGAAGAACGAGAAGACAUCUCUAGGACGAGCCCUAGUGAAGCACCACAACCACGCGAUCCAAGAAACAAAGGAGAAAGGGAAACACUAUCAAAACAAGAAGGUUCUCGAAUCCGUCACCGAGGUUAGCGACAUCGAUGCCAUCAUCGAGCAAGCCGAGGAAGCUGAGCGUCUUUUCCACCACGACGAAUCCGCUACCCCUGUCCCCAUCAAUAUGGACGCGGGUUCGAGUUCAAGUGGCGUAACGGCUAAAGAGUGGAAAGAGCAACGGAUGAGAGAAGAGGCUUUACAUGCUACUAGUCUUCAAGUUCCUAGAAGGCCUCCUUGGACACCUAAGAUGAAUGUGGAACAGCUUGAUGCUAAUGAGAAACGAGCUUUUCUCACUUGGCGCCGGAAACUUGCCAGCCUCGAGGAAAAUGAAAAGCUUGUGUUGACACCAUUCGAGAAGAACCUUGACAUUUGGAGACAACUUUGGCGAGUCCUUGAACGAAGUGAUUUAAUUGUUAUGGUUGUUGAUGCUAGAGAUCCUCUGUUUUACCGUUGCCCUGAUCUUGAGGCAUAUGCACGAGAAAUUGAUGAGCAUAAAGAAACAAUGCUUCUGGUGAACAAGGCGGAUCUUUUACCUCCUCAUGUCAGGGAGAAGUGGGCUGAGUACUUCACCCGCAACAAUAUUUUGUUCGUCUUCUGGUCAGCCAAAGCUGCUACUGCUACGUUAGAAGGCAAACCCUUAAAAGAACAGUGGACAGCACCUGAAACCUCUCAGAAGACAGAUGACCCUGCCGUUAAAGUAUACGGAAGGGACGAGCUUCUUGAUCGAUUGAAAUUUGAGGCACAGGAGAUAGUGAAAAUGAGGAAAGCUAGAGUGGAAACUUCGCACGGAGAACGUGUUGUGGUUGGCUUUGUUGGGUACCCUAACGUGGGAAAGAGCUCAACAAUCAACGCACUGGUAGGUCAGAAGCGAACAGGUGUCACAUCUACCCCAGGGAAAACGAAGCAUUUCCAGACAUUGAUAAUCUCUGAAGAGCUGAUGCUCUGUGACUGCCCUGGCUUAGUGUUCCCUUCGUUCUCAAGCUCGAGAUACGACAUGAUUGCUUGUGGAGUGCUUCCAAUUGACAGGAUGACCGAGCAUCGUGAAGCUGUUAAGGUUGUGGCGGAACGUGUUCCUCGAGAUGUUAUUGAGCAAGUGUACAACAUCUCUCUACCUAAACCAAAAAGCUAUGAGUCUCGGCUCCGUCCUCCUCUUGCCUCGGAGGUUCUUAGAACUUACUGUCUCUCUCGUGGCUACGUUGCUGCUAGCGGAUUACCUGAUGAGACGAGAGCAGCUAGGCAGAUCUUGAAAGACUACAUUGAAGGUAAGCUUCCACAUUUUGCAAUGCCUCCAGAAGAGGAAAGCGAGACGGACAAAACUGGAGAUGGUUCACAGUCUGAGGUAAAUGAAGAAGCUCGCGGUGGGCUUGGUCUUGGUCAAGUUCUAGAGGAUUUGAGCUCGUUUGAUCUUGCAAAUGGGAUUGGGUAUUCCAAGAAGAAACAAGUGGAGUCGCAUAAACAGCUCAAGAAGACACAGAGGAAAAACUGAUAUGGUUUUGAUGUAUUGAUCAAUAAAUGCUUGAAAAUAUGAAACAGUGUUGGAUUCUUAUGUGAUAUGUUGUGUCCUUGUGAAAUAUUAUCGAUAAAUUUCCAGGUCGCUUUCUUACUCGUGAGAAAGCAGCUCUAAGUAGUUUAGGUUUAUAACCAGUAAGUUCGUUGUGUAGCAUGACGAGACAACUAAACUUAAGUUUCAACCGAAUGUGUGUUUCUUAGGUGUUGACU